CUCUCAGUAAAAUGUCGAUGCGCAUUGUGUAAUCUACAAAAAAGAUUCUAGACAUGUCUCAUCCUAGUCAAACAGAAUUAAACAAUCAAAGACCAAAGAUGUCAUUGAUGCCUAAAGAAAAACUUAUAAUUGGAUUAAAUUCAAAACAAGAAAAAAAAAUAAAUAAAAUUGUUAUCAAAUUGGAAGAUCAUAUAAAUAAAUCUAUUGGUGAAUAAAACAAUAUUCAAUAAUGUUAACAUCAAGAAGUUGUUUAAAUUUUGUAAUAGGAAUAAUUAGAUAAUAAAGAAACAAAGAUUUCAAUGGAAAUCACUCAAACUCAUUUUGAACUUAAGGUACCAAAGAUUAUGGUACCAAAAUCGAUUGAGAUUCCAAAAAUAAUUUUACCUCCUCCUGAAAUAAGUGUUGAAUAGGAAGAUAAAAUAAUGAGUUUUAAGACUCAUUAAACAAAUUUACUAAAGUAAUAAUUAAUUUAGAUUAAAAAAUGUAAUGAACCAAUUCAAUUAUUGUUACAAGAGAAUGAUAAACGUAAAAAAUAUUACUCAAGAGCAUAAAGAGAGAAGGAAGAUGUUAUUCAUUGGGGUCAAAGAAAAUUAUUGAUUAGUGAGAUAUGGUUUUUAACAAAGUAUGGUUGUUUAUCUAGGAAUAUUAUAUAUGCAGGAGCAGCUCCAGGAUUUCACAUAUAAUUUUUAUCUGAACUAUUUUAAAAUCACAAAUUUUAUUUAUUUGAUCCAAACGACUUUUAAGUUAAAUAGGGACCAAAGAUUACUAUUUACUAACGUUGUUUCACUAAUGAAGAAGCCUAAAAAUUUAAGGAAUUGUUUUAGGUAUAAAUUAAUUAACAAGAAUGAUUAUCUAUUCAUUUCAGACAUUCGAACUGCCAAUUUUAAAUGUAUGACACCUAUGGAAAAUGAGCAAGCAGUACUAAGAGACAAUUAAUUACAAAUGGAAUGGGUUAGAAUACUUAAGCCUUAAAAAGUAUAUAUUAUUAUAUUUAGGCCAUGUUAAAAUUUCGUUGUGCUUAUCCUACUGAAAUCAAUGAACCAACUGAAUUCUUCGAAGGGGAAAUAUAUAUCCAAGCUUGGGCACCAGCCUCAUCAACUGAAACUAGAUUAAUACCUAAUAAUUAUGUUAAUACUAUAUUUUAUGACAAUGUUAAAUAUGAAGAAUAAAUGUUCUAUCAUAAUGAUGUUGUUAGAAAAAAAUAAAAAGGAGCCUUAAGUUGGGAUGAUCGAGCAGAAACUUAAGUCUUAACUGAAUAUUUAAGAAAUUCUGGAAUCAAUGAAAAUUAAAUUAGCAAAUAAGUAAACUUAAUCAAAGAUCAAAUUACAAAAAAAUUGAAUUAUCAAUGA